AUGGAGACUGCAGACUGGGAAAAUGUGAGUGAAGCUCAGCAGGAGGCAGGCAGGGGCUCUUGGAACCACUCCUCCACCACCGGCUUUGUCUUCACCAGCCUUUUUAAUGACAGUCGGAUGCACUUGUUCCUCUUCAGCAUGGUAGUGGUCGUCUACACACUUGCCAUGGCCAGCAACGCUGCCAUGGUCCUCCUGAUCUGGGCAGAUGCCCGGCUCCACACGCCCAUGUACUUCCUUCUCAGCCAGCUGUCCUUAUUGGACAUCUUCUUCACCUCAGUCACUGUCCCCAAGAUGAUAGCAGGCUUCCUCUUUGGAUGGAUAAGCAUCUCGUUUGGAGGCUGUGGGGCACAAAUGUUUUUCUUCAUGUUCCUGGGGGCCACAGAGUGCAUCCUGCUGGCCCUCAUGGCCUAUGACCGCUACGUGGCCAUCUGCAACCCUCUGCGCUACCCGGUGCUCAUGAGCCGCCGGACCUGCCUUCUCCUGGUGGCUGCCUCGUGGUUGGGAGGGUCCCUCAACUCCUCCAUCCAGACCGCACUGACCCUGCAGUUCCCCUACUGUGGCUCAAGGAAGAUCGCGCAUUUCUUCUGUGAGGUGCCUUCACUGCUGAGGUUGGCCUGUGCUGACACGGCUAUCUAUGAGCUGGUGCUCUUUGUGACGGGCGUGGUGGUCCUCCUGGUGCCCAUUGUAUUCAUCACCACCUCCUACGCCCUAAUCCUGGCAGCUGUGCUCCAGAUGUACUCUGCGGAGGGACGUUGGAAGGCCCUGGCCACCUGCUCCUCCCACUUGGCAGUUGUCAACCUCUUCUACGGGCCCCUUAUCUACACCUACAUGUUACCUGCAUCCUACCACUCUCCUGGUCAGGAUGAUGUAGUGUCCGUCUUCUAUACGGUCUUCACGCCCAUGCUGAACCCUGUCAUCUACAGCCUCAGGAACAAGGAAGUGACAGGAGCAAUGAAGAAGGUCAUAGGGAAGUGUGGGGUGAGUAGGACUGCUUAA